AUGUCGCGAUUCAAGGUCGGGCAGACCGUCGAGAUCAAUGCCGAUGGCCGACUCGCCAUUGUCAAGUUCGUCGGCGCCACCAGCUUCUCGCCCGGUGAAUGGAUUGGCCUGGAGCUGGAAGAUGGCACUGGCAAGAAUGAUGGCUCCGUCCAGGGCAUACGCUACUUUGAGUGCGAGAUGGGCAGGGGCAUGUUCGUGAAGCCUGGAGUCGUUACUGUCAUCAAGGAGGCCCCCCCUCCCCGGCCAAGGCCGACCGCCGCACGCUCUGGCCGAACGAGCGUCGUGCCUCAGCGACCAUCCUCCAUUGCGGCUGAUCCAACGGCUGCUCGACGCAAGAGUAUCAAUGCUCCAAGCCCCAGCCCGGUUAGGUCCCGGCCUUCGAGCAUCGCACGAUCCCCCACUAGGACCGAGAGACCGAAUGUUGCUACUGCCGCCUCUUCAGGCUCAACAUCCCGCACCGGCACCCCUUCGAACGCACCAGCCCGAAAGCUAUCCUCGGCCACCCGGCCAGCAGUUGGAGCCACAAGGUCAUCUAUGGGCCCUCCCGCUGCUCCUGAUCCUUCCAAGAGGAGACCGUCAAAUGCGGCUCCUGGUGCCAGCUCCGCAACAAGACCUACGCCUGGAAGGCCACUUUCCGGUCGCCAAUCACUAGCACCCGCGGGCCGUGCUGGAACCACCCGGAGCCCGAGCGGGCGAGUACGGUCUACAGACUCAUCAGGAGUUGAUAGCCCUGGAAAUCUCACCUCACCCAACAAGAGCGACGAAGAAAUCAGUCCCGUACAGGCACGGACACAGGCUUUGGAUCGGCUCACAGCAGGCGGGUACGGACCUGCAGCAGCCACAACUUCCAAGCCGAGAACUUCUACAACCGCGGGCAGACCAUCAGCUGCUGCUAACAGCGCCGCAAUGAGGGAGAAUGAAGACUUGAAGACCAAGCUACGAAUCCUCGAAUCCAAAAGAUCAGAAGACAAGGAGCAGUUGAAGCAGCUAGAAAAGCUGCAAGAUCAGAUCACACGAUACCAGACUGUGAACAAGAAGGUUGAAGAGAAGUUUAUGAAGGCACAACAAGAAGCCAACCACGCCAAGCAACGCCUCCAGGAUGCGGACGCCAGGCUAGCCAGCAUAGACGACCUCCAGGCUGAACAUGAGACCACCAUGGAACUCUUGCUCGUCGAAAAAGAAGUGGCCGAGGAGGAGUCUGAGCACUACAAGCUAGAGCUGGACUCGAUCAAGUCGAGACUGGAAGAGCUGGAGCUGGAGAACGAAGUCUUGCGUCUGGAGAACACCGAAUUCGAACAGGAUGUAACGGCAGAAGAGAGGACCAGUGACAAUUGGAUUGCCCUACAGAAGAAGAACGAACUGUACUAUCAAGCCAUCAUCACUCUGCACGACAAGCUUGAGCAGCUAAAUGAAAAGACGAGCGAAGAGAUCAAGGCGCUGAAGAGUGACCUCGAUGACUUUGAUAAUGUCAAACAAGAAUACGAAAUCGCCAAGGAAAAGAUCCUGGAAACCGAGGCGCGUUGCGAGCAUUUUAAGGGUCAGCUAGAAGAUGCACUCGGCGCUGAGGAGAUGAUUGAAAAGCUCAGCGAGGACAACCAAGCACAAAGCGAUGUCAUUGCGACACUUCGUGAGAACAUCAAGGAUCUCGAGGAGUUGAAAGAGAUCAGCGAUGAGCUCGAGGUUAAUCACCUCGAGCAUGAAAAGGAGCUUGAGAAGAUCAUCGAGUCCAAGGACAGCAACAUCUUCAAGCUGACCCAGCAAAUUGUGGACCAAGACAAAGAACUCGAUGACUUGGAGUACACGAUUGGCAGAUUCAAGGAGCUCGUCUCAAAUCUCCAGAAGGAUCUGGAGGAUAUGGAGGCUUCGAACGCCAUGAAUGAAGCAGAGUCAGAACAGAUCAACAGCAAGUCGAGAGAGCUGCUCGAUCUGAACCAGAAACUGCAAAUCAACGCUGCCAAGACCCAGGCCAAGACAAUUGAGCUGGAGCUCGAACGCAUGCAAGCUGCCGAGGCGAAACUGCACCUUGAGAUCGUCACCCUCUUCCUGCCAGAGAGCUACGAACAGGACAAGGACUCUGUACAAGCACUGCUCAAGUUCAUGCAAAUGGGGGUCAAGUCUGACCUCUUGGCCAUGUUUGUGAAGGAGCGCAUCAGUGGACGGGCCGAUGCUGGUCAUGAAGACGAUAUAUUCAUCGGUAGCAACGCCAUCACCAAGCUCACCUGGGUCUCUUCCAUGUGCAAGCGCUUUGUCAACCAUAUCAAGCACUGCUCAUUGGAAGAGUUUGCCGCCUACAACGGCGCCACUUGGGAAUUGGCACCUGUGGACACCAAGCUAAACUCGUGGAUUGACAAUCUGCAAAAGGGAUCCGGCGAGCUGCAGCUCAAGGACUAUGCUGAGGUGCUAUCUCGAUCCACAAAGGUCUUGGAACACAUGGCUGAGCAGCAUAUAUCUGGCAACCCCGCGACCAUGGCGGACAAUAUGCAGAUGCAGACUACACUUAUGCAAGGCUACCUCGAAUCCGCGGCAACUACAUUCGCUGCCAUGAAAGAAAUGGUUCAGAGAGUGCUGCCCCAGAACACGGAGAUGGAAAUUGAUGAGCCAUGGCAGUCUUUUGAUGUCAAGGUGGAUCUUGCCAUGGGCCAAACGAGAAGCGCAAAGGUCAUUGUAACCAAGGCCGUGCGGUCAUUGGAAGACCUUCAGAAGCGCAGCCUCGUGCUGAACCCAGAAGAAGUCAGUACAUUUGAGGAUGCCGCAUCGGCUGCACAGAGGCUCGCAGAAAUGGCAGAGACGGUUGCCGUGGCUGUGCAUGCUCUGACUACUGAAGCUGAUCGUGCUGAAUCACUCACAUACUCUGACAUUUCAAAGACCAUCCACAAGGUCGUCCAGAGCGAGUUCAAGGUGGAAGACUCGGAGCUGCUGGGAUCUUAUCAGUCACGGGUUCGCGUCCUCACAACACAAGUAACAGAUCUUGCGGCAUUGUGUGCCGACUUGUCGCAGACCCAGGAGUUCGAUAGGCCUGAAUCUCCAUGGAAGCUUCGAGCCCAAGAGAUCAAGAAACUAAAGAUCAAGCCCGUCGAUAUUGAGGAAGAGCUACAGCAACUCAAGCAGCAGUACAACGAGGCCCGUCUCGCUAUCGCAGUCCGCGAGGAGAGUUUGUCUACCUCGACCCUCCGCAUCGAGACACUCGAGGCUCGUUACCGCGACUCGCAAGCCAAGGCUGCCCGAAUCACGGAGAUGGAGGCUCAAGUGCUUCAAGCCCAGGAGAACAUGGCGAAGCUCAAGGACGACAUUGAGAAGCAAGACCGCGAACUCAAGGCUCUCGAGUCAGAUAGAGACCAGUGGAAGAAGACAGCUGGUGAUAGCCGCGUGCUGAGCACAGAUGCAACAAGCAAGGCUGGCCGUGAGCAGGCGGUUGCUACGCAACGCGAGAUGGAUGCUCUGCGCAACGACAUUAUGAGUCUGCAGGCCGCUGUACGGUAUCUGCGGCAAGACAAUCAACAGGCAAGGACCAAGGAGCAAGCUGCGUACGACUGGCUGUCAGAACCGCUCAUCAAGCCAACUCCCGUCUUUGAGCAACGCCGUAACCUGGUGGUCAAGGAAGGCAAGGAUGUCUUGAAUGAGCUUCUCAGGAUGGCUGGCACCGCCAAGGUAUACGAUCUCAAGACACUGCCCGAGGACAAGAUGGCAUGGCGCCCGGCUCGCAUAACACCACAACAUCACGCCGCCAUGCAGGCAGAGGACUUUGCAGCCUGGAAGAAUUGGCAAUACUCAGUGGUGGAAAAGGCAAAGACCGUGGCCAAGACACAAACGGGACGGAGAGAGGACGCUGACCAGAGAGCCUUGAUGCGGAAGCAAGCCGCGAGGUUGCGCAUCCAGCUACCCGGCGAGAACGGGAAAGUGAUUCCGGGCCGGGGAGACGUUCAAAUCCUUGGGAGUCAGGAGUGGGAGGGUCUCCAGGGCCGGCUUGCUGUUGUUUAA